ACUAUUUGAAAUUUUCGAAGGUCGCUGCGUUGGCGGGAUUUGCGGAUGACAGUCACAUCGCGUGAUAAUGAGUAGUGUACAGAUGAAGAACGUGGACAAGGUACUGGAAGUGUCAUCCACUCCAAUACACUCUAGAGGAUGUAAUUCUGGCUAUGAAGAGCAAACGAAGGAUUCGCGUCUCAUAUUAUCAUCAGCUAAGAAAAGAUUGUCUAGUAAAUCAAACUCAGAAACCGGUAGCUUCGACUCAGCAUCAUAUACUGGAUCUAGUUCAGAUGAUGAUGAUGAAGAAAGUCAACAACGUGAAAGUCCAAAGGAACGUUAUUUGAAACCUGGACUUAGAGCUGUAAACUCUAGAGGAUUCAAUGAUUUCUGUGUUCAAAAAAUCCGUCAAGCUUCUUUUGGACGUAGAGAAAUUGAAAUAGCUGAACAAGAAAUGCCUGGUUUGAUGGCAUUAAGAAAGCGUGCUAAAACUGAUCAGCCAUUAAAAGGAGCCAAAAUUCUCGGUUGUACACACGUGACCGCGCAUACAGCUGUACUACUUGAAACAAUGGUAUGUCUUGGCGCUCAAGUUCGAUGGUGUGCUUGUAACAUAUAUUCAACACAGAAUGAAGUGGCAGCAGCGUUAGCUGAGUCCGGUGUUCCUAUUUAUGCAUGGAAAGGCGAAACUGAAGAGGAUUUCUGGUGGUGUAUUAAUCGUUGUAUAUCUGCUGAAGGUUGGAUACCCAAUGUAGUUUUGGAUGAUGGUGGGGACUUAACUCAUCAGCUGCAUAAAAAUUACAAGGAACUACUGUCUGGUAUAUGUGGAAUAGUUGAAGAAAGUGUGACAGGUGUUCAUCGUCUUUAUCAGUACGUGAAAUCUGGCACAUUGGGAGUGCCGGCUAUGAAUAUUAGCGACAGUAUAACAAAAUCAAAGUUCGAUAAUUUCUAUUUGUGCAAAGAAUCAAUUGUUGAUUCUCUUAAACGAACUACAGAUAUGAUGAUCAGUGGUAAGACUGUAUUGGUAUGCGGUUAUGGUGAAGUUGGGAAAGGUGUUUGUCAAGCGUUAAGAGGAUUAGGAGCUUUCGUUUGUAUUUCGGAAAUAGAUCCGAUCUGUGCACUUCAAGCUUGCAUGGAUGGUUAUCGUGUUGUAAAAAUCGACGAAGUUAUACGUUCAGUGGAUAUUGUGGUUACUUGCACCGGGAAUAAAGGUGUCAUUACUCGGGCCCAUAUGGAUCAAAUGAAAAAUGGUUGUGUCGUAUGCAAUAUGGGUCAUUCUAACACAGAAAUCGAUGUUCGAUCUCUUCAAACACCUGAUUUAACAUGGGAGCGUGUUCGAUCACAAGUGGAUCAUGUUAUUUGGAUGGAUGGUAAACGUAUUGUUCUUAUAGCUGAGGGUCGUUUGGCGAAUUUAAGCUGUUCAACUGUUCCAUCGAUUGUUGUCUCUGUUAGCGCCAGUACUCAAAUAUUAGCUUUGAUUGAAUUGUACAAUGCUCCUGCUGGUCGUUAUAAAAAUGAUGUGUAUUUAUUACCGAAAAAAAUGGAUGAAUAUGUCGCAACAUUGCAUCUCCCAUUAUUCAAUGGUCGAAUAACUGAACUCACUGAUGAACAAGCUCGAUAUUUAGGUGUAAAUAAAACAGGACCAUUUAAACCGAGUAACUACAAAUACUAAACUUGUUCUCAUUCUUCGUUUCACCUCAUGCACUGACUGCUGUUACAUUUAUUGGAAAAUGUCUUCCUGUUCGGCAUGUAUACGUUGUAUCCAUUUGAUUUUCGUAGAAAGUAUGGUAGAAUAUUACAUCUAAUGUACUCUAAAUAAAUAUGCUGAAGUAUGAAUUUCUCAUCCUCUUACUCUGUUUAUUCUCAUAACUUUCAAUUACAUUCCAAUAACUAUUGUGUAAAAGAGUUGCUUUGUAUUAAUCUAGUAUAUUUUCAUGUUUCACCGUUAAUUUAACGUAUGUCUUUCCUUGUUAAUCUUCUUUGUAGAUUUAGCGUUAAAAAGAUAAUUUUUUUAUUUUGAUUACAUAUAUUAGUUUGAUUCACCCUCACGGUAAUUCUAUUAUGUGCCUCAUAAAUACACUGAUAUAUUAAUGUUAUCGAAAUGCUAAUUAACCUAGGGUUGUCUUCAAGUAUCACUCUGUGGUGACGCUGUUAUUUUUCCUCCUACUGAUUUCUGUGUCAUUAUGGCGUCCUGUAUCUUUGUUAGUGAAUCCUGUUGAAUCUAUCGAAAUAUUACGUAAUUAGUCGUGUUUUAACUAGUUUCUCUUAAUCAGACAAGCAUUAAUAACUCAUUCAUUAUAAUUCUAAUUGAUUUGUCUUUACCAUGUAUUAUUUUUGUAUCUUUUUCGUGAUUUCCCCUCUUGCGAUUCUAUUUAACCAUUUACUUUCCUCAUUCAUAACAUACAGCGUUCUGUUUGACCUUGUGUAGAAUACAGAUAGUUAUUUAUAGUCUGUAUGUAUCGUCUAUAUGAUACUUGCACUGUUUUUUAUAUUGAAUAUGAUAUGAUUCUACGCACAUUCACAUCAAUUUUAUAAUGGCUGUGGUAAGGACUAGAUCUUUUUUGCUUGUAUCCACGUAUUCUUUAGAAAUGUUACAAUAAGUAAUUCGACAUUCAGUAGUUUGCAGUGUAGAUUACUUUAUCUGAUAUUCAAAUGUUACUUACUUUAUGAACGGUUAUUUUGGAUAGGCUUUUGCGAAUCAAUGUUGAAUAUGUUUGACGAUCUACUGAUGUGUCCAUUAUACGUAACACUAAUGAGAGUUUGAUGAAAAGCCUGUGAUAGAACUCUUAAGUUUUUGUCUAUUAACCUGUUUGUAAAAUAAUAGGGAAACAUCCGGUUUUGUGUCUGACGAUCGUUAAUAAUAUCCGAUAUUAACUUGUA